AUGGCGUUCAGAUCAUGCAAACGUUUGCAAACAGCUAUAAGUAAGUGAGGUAAUUAAAUUGCUUUUCCAAUGUAUUAUUAAAACUUGAAUCAGUUGUAUGUAAAAUUUUGAAAAUUAAAUACUGUAAGUAAUAAAUGUACAAAUACAAUUUAAGUCGAUCCUUGCCUUCGCCGGGACAACACGGGAGCACCCAUAAUUCAUAAAAUAUGUCAGCACAGCUUUCCAGACAGUCUUUCCAUUCUAAACUGUAAAAAUGGUAUAUUGUUUCAGCAAAUUCUAGUGAAAUGUGUGUGAAAAACUAAAUGUUCAAAACAUAAUAUCAGGGAUGGAUUUACUGGGGGGGUGCACCCCCCUAGCCCUGGCCAGGGGGGAGGGAUGGAUUUACUGGGGGUGGGGGUGCACCCCCCCCCCCUAGCCCUGGCCAGGGGGGGGUGCUAUUUUUCAUGAUAAGGCAAUAGAGAUACAGUAAUUUGAGUCAUAACAUGGUGAUAAACAAACUGUGAACAACAAUUACAAUUCAAAUACAGUAGUCAAGCAAGACUUUGCAGUAGUGAACCAAGUUGAUGAGCGGACGGCACACAUGACCGACACAACUCGGCACCAGAGCUGGCAGAGCACCCCCCUACCAGAUCAUGCUGGAUCCAUCCCUGCAUAAUAUGCUGUCUGUCAAACAACAUGAAAUUUUUUAUAUAGUGUAAUGUGAGCAUGAAAAUUUCAAUUUCUGGGGUCUAUUUUUGAUAAAUAUUUGUUGUUUGUGGUGUCCAUGCUUGUCAAGGAAAAUUUUUCAAGAAACAUUUGGUAAGGCGUAAAAAAAAUAUCUGUGGUUCCGGUUCCCGACCGACCCAUUUUUUUCUGCCAACCCUAUUAUUUUUUCAACUCGAUUGACCGUGCAACCCUAUUUUCUCCAGGUGGUUGGGGGCUGCUCAUACAGCGUGCCAAAAUGGUGUCUGUUGAACCAAAUUAUUGAACCAAAUUGCCUAAAUUCGUCCAUAGGAAAUACGCAUCUCUAGUUAAUAUUGAUGUUGCAAAUCGCCCAGCAAAAAACCGCCAAAACCAUGAAAAAAAAUAUUAAAAAAAAUUUCCGACCUACCGACCCUUAUUUUUUCAUGGUAUGAAACCGGAACCACAGGGUUUUUUUUUCGCCUAAGGGUAAAUUCUGACAGGUGACAUUCUGAUAUAAUACUGAAGUGACAUUUGACACAAACUCUGUAAAAUGUGAUAGGGAUAAAAAGGUCGAAAACAAUGGAAUGCUAAAUAUGACAUGGCAACAUUUUUAAGCAGCAGUACGUAUGAAAUUUAGUAGUAAAUAUAUAGAAAGUAUCAAAAUUGCAUGCCUGGUAUCUUGGUUGGAUGAUACAAACUUUCCACACUGGUCAACAUUCACAUCAGCAUUUGCUGAUUUCCAACCUCAAUGGAUGAUUCCAGCACUAGCUAUUGACUAAAAUUUUUAUCCAGACAAGAAGGACAAAAUCUAUCAUUAUAGCUUAAAAGCAUUAAUAUAGCAUUACGCGAGGAAAAAUGCAUUUUUUGAAAGUGGUAUAUAUUUUGUACGUUGCAACAUUUUGCAACCAAAAUUUGCAAUUUUAAUUUUAGGAUGUUUUUUUAUUUGUAAUGAUAGAUUUUGUCUUCCUUGUCUAGAUAAGAAAUGGACCUAUUCCCUAAUGAACAAAAUUUUGAUCUAGACAAGAGAACAAAAAUUUCAUCACAGCUUGAAAGAGCAUCACAAAAUUAGUAAUAUUCCGAAGUUUCGUUGCGAAAUGUUGUAAAAUGCGGAUAAUAUAGCCCUGUGAAGUUUUCCGUUUUUCAGUCAUUUUGUAUUAUGCACUGGAAAUUGAUACCACUUUCUGAAAAGUCUAGAUCAAAAUUUUGUUCAUUAGGGAAUAGGUCCAUUAGUUGAUAUCUGGAAUCAUCCAUUGCAAGGCCUGCACCCCAUAUUUGCAUUCCAGCUUAUUAGGUUAAUUUUGUUUCAGUAUGCAUAAGAAACUUGUCAAGCAAGCCCCCUGACCCGCCACCUCCUGAGCUGUGUUGCAUGAGUGGCUGUGCCAACUGUGUGUGGAUUGAAUACGCCAAAGAACUCAAGGAGUUUUCCGACAAUGGCGAAUCAAACCAUUUUAUUGAUGAAGCUUUGAAGAAAAUUGAGGACCCCAGUUUCAGAACUUUUAUCAAAAUGGAGAUAGAUGGAAUUCUAUCAAAGCCAAAGAAAUAA